AUGAAUCCUUUGUUUGUCUCCUUAAGAGAUAUUCGGGUAUAUUUAACAGCUAGAACUGACAACAGAGUACUUGAAAAAGGAACAAAAUAAAACUCUUUAUCUACUAAGGAAAUAAAAAUAACUAAAGUCGCAAAUAUGUAUCUAUGGGGGAUUCACGAAAACGAGAAUAUUUCGUAGCCUUUUAAAUUAUUCAAGAGUGCACCUGGUGGUAUUUUAGGACCUGCAAACUCAGUGUAAUUUAAAUUUAAAGUCGAUAAUAUAUUACCAGAAGGAAGUGAAUUGACAGUAAAAAUAGACGCUUAGUGUAAUGGAAUUUUCGAAAAUUCUGUUGUCACAAAUUUGCCUGUUUUAUAGGGGAAAAGUAAGGUUUCUUGCUUUUUUUAAUUAGGAAAAAUUAUAUGUAAAAAUGUGGGAGCUUUCUUAAAUAAAGACACAGAAUAUUUCGUUGCGGUUAAAAUUUUUUAUAAAAACGACGCACCAGACUUAACUAAUUUCGGAGGAAUUGAAAUUGAAUCUCUAGUUUUUGAUAACUAAGGAAAUUAAAUUAAUAAUGUUAGUGUUUUUAGACCUCUAGAGGGUAUCUCGACAGAACUUUUCACCAAUACUGAGUAUUUGGAUUUAACAGGUUGGCAUAAAUAGGAUGUUUUCUAAUUUGGAACGAGCUAGGUUUUAACUGCAAAUGAUGAUGGGUCGUUAUCGAGUCUGCCGAACGCCAUGUAGAAUCUUAUGAUAGAAAAUUAAGGUACUAUAGGGAUAGUUCCAGGCAACUUCGAGAAUUAAUAAGUCAUUUUUUUCUUAAAAAGUAGUUAUAAUUAGAUGACGAAAAGUCCUUUAAAUAAAAAAAUUUUUAUAAGACUUAAUAUUAUGUUUAAUCCAAAAAUUAUCUAAAUUAAAAGAGGAUUUGAAACUCUAGGAAUUGAUUUUGUGGGGUAUAAUAAUGUACUUAAAAGAUGGGAUGUAGAUUUUCUCGAGUGCUAUAAGGAAUUCAAAUCUUUAUCUAAAACUAGGAAAAUACCUAAAUGUACUUGGUAUGAUAAACCUUAAGAUUAGUAAGUUAAUACAAUAGAUAAUAUAGAAAAUACAGUGAAUUCAAAUAAAUAUUCAUUUGCAAGAUUCGAAUGUGGAGCAAAAGAUGAUGCUAAUUAUGUUGCUGAUCAAUGUAAUAAUUUUUAGGGAUAUAAAGUCGAUGCUAGUGGAGAUAUUUUAAGUUUUUCAUCUGCUGUAGUAUCUUUAAGGCAUGUUUCUUUUCCAUAAGGAUUCCAUUCAUAACUUUACCCUGAUUAAGAUUUGUUAGAUUUUGUUGUUUCUUUUGAAGAGGCUGAGUAUAUUUCAGGAUAAUUAGAAUAUAAGAUAGUUACUGCUUAAUUAAUAAACGCAUAUACUAUACAAGGCUAUUAUUUGAAUAAUAUUAAAGUUUCUUAUGUUAAUUUUUACGGAGGAAGUGCAAUGACAAAUAAUGGGAUGUUUAUUCCGACUAUGAUAAGAAUUGGGGGUACUAUUUUAAAUUAGGAAUUUUUAAAUUCGAAUAAGAUUUUGGUUUUUUUAGAUUCUUUAAUUAAUGCAGAAAGCUUUUUGGAAAAUGCAAGCUAGACCUAAGAUAGAAGUAUUGGCUGUAGUUUUGGAACAUGUGAAUAUGUAAAAUGUGAAGGGACAGUUUCAGGUGAAAAUACAUGGAUGAAUUAAAAACAUUUUGAAGUUUCCAAUGUACAUAAUGUUGAAAAUGAAUUUAAUUUACUUAUUCCUUUAUAGAAUGAAGUUGAUAAAUUACCUAAAAAUGUUGUUUUAGCUUUUGCAAAUUAAAGUAGAAACUCUUUAGGAGUUGAAGGGUUGGUUCAAAUUGUUAGUGUUUACAGAGUCUUUGGUCCUGCUGUACAAGGAAAUUUAAAAAUUGUUGGAAAUGGAUAAUAUGGAGCAGGUUUAACAAUUUCAAGCUUCAGUUUAAAUAUAUUUGAUUUAGCUUUAGACGAAGGGUUAACAGAAGAAUAAACAGAUAUAAAUGAUCCAAGUAUUAAAUGGAAAUACUGGAGUUGCAGAUCUGAAAGACUAAGAAGAGAUGUUUUGGAAAUGUGGACAAUUACGGCAUAUAGAGCUUGCUUUUUGAUAUAAAAUGGGACGGGAAAAGCUUAUUAUUGGACUAAAAUGCUAUCUAAGGGUUCAAGUCGAUUUAAUUGAAGAUUUAAUUACAUUAAGAUGUAUAUUAAUCACUAUAAGUGAAAAAAUGUAUUCAUUCAAAUUUAAGUUGUAGUGUGAAUGUAUCAGAACUUAAUUAUUUAAAACUUACUCUAUCAAUUGAUGUGAUUAAAUUCCCAUAAACAAAUACUUUUUUAAUUGAAUAAAAUUCAAUUUUAUCAAUUGAAGUUUAAACGAACCUUUCUGUAAUACUAGACUCUUCUAAAAGUUAUAAAUUUAAGAUUAAUAUACUUAUACCAAUUAUUGAAGGCAGAGUAUAUGGAGAAGAUUUAUAUAAUGACCCAAAAGAUUAUCUUAUUUAUUAAUAUUGUGAAGGAGAUUUUAAUUUAGCCGAUACAAAUGUUUUAUAAGAAAUAAACUUGAAAUAAUUACAAGUGGAAAUUCCUGAAGAAGGAGCAAGAAGCGCUUUUUUAGUUGAGUUUUCAAGUAAUUAUAGGAGUACAUUCUAUUAGAGUAAUUUUUAUAAAUUUGAUUUUGGAUUUCUAAUGGACUAAACUUAGAAUCAACUUUUGAUUAAAAAUUCUGUAAAAUGCUAAAUUUUUGAAAAAUAAAACUAUCAGCUUACUCUAUCAAGAAAUUGGCAGUCUUUUUCCUUAGAAAAAUAAAAAUUAAUUCCAAAUCAGUAAUUUGAUUUCGAAGAAAAUAAAAAUUAUAAUCUUUAAUUAAAAUGUACAGGAGGAAAUACGCCUAAAAGAAAUGACAUUAAUUCUUCCAAAAAUAUAAAAGUUGAAUUGUAAGAUUUAUUUAGUAAUAUUCCUCCUGCUAGACCUGUAAUUAUAAGUCUUUAGAAAUAAAAAAGUGAACAAAAAUACCCUGAUGCGCCUAUAAGUCCUUAAAUGCCGAAUCCAUCUUUAAUUAAUAAUUAUUCCUUAGACAAAAUCUUUACUAAUCCUGCAAAAAUAAUUGAUCCUAAUUAUGUACCAAAUCCUUAAAUUGUACUGAGAUAUUUCUCUUCUUAAGGUUUGGAAGCUCAUUAUAAAAUUAAAGUCUCAGUAAAUGUUCCUUUAAGUUUGUAAAGUAGGAUUUAUGUAGAAUU